GUGCAGCGCCAGCAUCGCGUUAAUAACAUGUUAUGAAAAUAACCGGGGGGGCGCGCGUGCGCUUCAUUUGAAAGCAGCCUGUCUCGCGACUCCAGACACACGCACCCCAACACACUCACAGACACGGGAGAGCGCGAGCCAGAGUGCAUGUGAGCGCGCGGACAGGAGCGGGGACAUUAGGAUGGUGGUCAGGGUAUACGUCGCCUCCUCGUCCGGCUCUCUGGCGGUAAAAAAGCAUCAGCAGGAGGUCAUAGGCUUCCUGGAGGCAAACCGGAUCAGUUUCGAGGAGGUCGACAUCACCAUGCUGGAGGACCAGAGACUCUGGAUGUACAAGAACAUUCCAGAAGAGAAACGACCUGAGAAGGGCAACCCUCUCCCUCCUCAGAUCUUUAAUGGAACCGUCUACUGUGGGGAUUAUGAGGACUUCUUCCUGUCUAAAGAAGCCAACACUGUGUUUUCUUUUCUUGGCCUCAACUCUUAAGCCUCAGGCAAGGAUGCUGACCGUGAGGUUGUGUGAAUCGCUCUGCGGCGCCGAAGCACCUCGGAGCUUCACGACUUGUGAUCAUCCUGUCUUUAUGAGAGGAUGAAGCCGUCACUGCCAGCUAUGCAUCUGCCAAAGCUCCUCACUGUCAAAGAGACUUCUGCGUACACAAAUACACACGUUCAGACUAAUGAGACAGUGAUGUCAAUUAGUCCAGUGUUUAUAUUGUUGCAUGACUUGUCGUAUAUAGCAAUCGCACUGACACAGCUUGUGUGAUGUGUCUCACUGUGGAGUUUUUCUUAAAUCUAUGACAAUCACUGUAUGAUCUUUUUGUAUGUAUCCCCUGAUGUUUUAUGUGUUCUUUAUGUGUGAAGGAUUUUGCCUGAGCAAAUCUCCGCUUUGAAUGAGAUAUUUUUAUUUAAAAGUUGAUGAGCCAAAGAAGCACAAUUGAAGCAAAUAAGGAAACACGUUUUUGGCUCUUGGUGUUUUGCUGUUGGUAGAAAUGCUUUCAUGUCCAUUUGAGAUCAGGCCAGAACUCAUGAUCUCAUCGUCCAAUACAGGUUCAGAAUUCACGAUAAGUAAUAUUUCACUUCUCUGUAAUUCCACUGCCUACACCAGUGCUACCCGUGUCCACUCUGAAUCACGCUAUACACUUUAUUAACACUUUCCCAUGUUGGAAAACGUAAAGUUAUCGACUGUUACUAAACACUGACACUGGAAACUCCUUCCAAAAAAAUAUUCAAUAAACAUUUCCUCACAUCAAA